GACAGAAGCGGAAAAAUAUUACCUCUCAGCACGUUUAGAAAAACGACAGCCAUUACCAGAUGUAUCUGAUGAACCAAGUUGCACUUUAUCGGUUGUAGUUCCUGCCUACAACGAGACUGAACGAAUGCCUUCAAUGUUACAUGAAACAGUUAAUUAUCUGGAAAGUCGAAGACUUAAAGAUCAAACCUUUCAAUACGAGAUCAUAGUGGUUGAUGAUGGAAGUACUGAUGGUACAUCCAAAGCAGCAUUAAAAUAUGGUCAGGCAAGUCCACACGUAGAUUUGAGGGUUUUGACUUUGGAAAAGAACAGAAAGAAAGGUGGUGCAGUUACUCAGGGGAUUUUAUCAUCCAGAGGGAAAACUAUACUUUUUGCGGAUGCGGAUGGGGCUACAAAAUUUUCUGAUCAUGAAAUUUUAGAAAAGAGAUUGCUCGAAGUUAUAGACAAAAAUGGGUUUGGUGUUGCCGUUGGAUCUAGAGCGCAUUUAGUGAACACCGAAAUUUGUAAUUCAUCUCUGGUGCGAUGUAUCAUUAUCCCUGAUCAGCCAAUCAGGAAAAUCGAAGUGAUUAUUAUUUUAAGAAAUUUGGCCUCUGAGGCUGACUUUUCCUUGGAGUUUUGGGUUAGGUGA